ACUUGGGGCGCCCUUCGCGGACCGGGUGGCCCAGUGCGCAGCGGUCGCUUCCCUUCGGGUCCCGCUGACCUCGCGCCGAGCCUGAGCGGCUCUGGCCGCGGCCUCACGCAGCGCCCCGCGGCGAGAGCGCAGCCCGAGACCCCCGCACUGACAGUAUGAGCCGCACCGCCUACACUGUGGGAGCCCUUCUUCUCCUCUUGGGGACCCUGCUGCCAGCUACUGAAGGGAAAAAGAAAGGGUCCCAAGGGGCCAUCCCCCCUCCAGACAAGGCCCAGCACAACGACUCGGAGCAGACUCAGUCACCUCAGCAGCCCGGCUCCAGAAACCGGGGGCGAGGCCAAGGAAGGGGCACAGCCAUGCCUGGAGAGGAGGUGCUGGAGUCCAGCCAGGAGGCCCUGCAUGUCACUGAACGUAAAUACCUAAAGCGAGACUGGUGCAAGACGCAGCCACUGAAGCAGACCAUCCACGAGGAGGGCUGCAACAGCCGCACCAUCAUCAACCGCUUCUGCUACGGCCAGUGCAACUCCUUCUACAUCCCCAGGCACAUUCGGAAAGAGGAGGGCUCCUUUCAGUCCUGCUCCUUCUGCAAACCCAAGAAAUUCACCACCAUGAUGGUCACACUCAGUUGCCCGGAACUGCAGCCUCCCAGCAAGAAGAAGAGGGUCACACGCGUGAAGCAGUGCCGCUGCAUAUCUAUCGAUUUGGAUUAAAGGAACACACCCACCUUGUCCUGGGAAUACAGCUCAGGGCAGCCUAGAGCCAGACCCAAACACCCUGAUUCCUACUCUGCUUAAACCUAGAAGCCAGAAGAACCAGCAGCUGCCUCAUGGCAGCAGUCUGAUUGUGCAUAGUCGUGUAUGUGUGUGCCUGUGUGCAUGCAUGCGUGUGUAUGGGUGUCUUCAGACAUCAGAGGACAUAGUCUCUAAGAGAGGGCACUCUGUUAUACUUUGCUUCACAGCAGGAGGGUGGAAAUACCCACAGUGACCCUGUCCACACACACAGGGGCAGGGCUGUGGUUGGAUCUGUUCUUGUCUUUCCUGUGCCCUCCUGGGGACAGGAUUUUCUUUCAGAAUGAAUGUCAAUAGCACAGGCCACUCAGAGGGCAAGGGACCUGAGUUCCUGCUGCAUUCAAUUCAGAAACUCUAAUUUGUGCCCACUUUCUCCCUUCGUCUUUCCUCCCAUGGUCCAUCCUCAGGUUCUCAGUGGUCAUUCUGUCUCAUCCCAAUUCUCCUGGAGUUCCUACACUAAUUUACUUGACUGUGGAUGUGAUGUUUCCUUUUUAUGGUGACCCUCUAUGCUGGGAAUGGGGGCUGAGAUGUGAUGAGGGACAAGCAAGACAGAUGUGGGACAAUGGCUGUGUCUGACUCAAUUGAGGAACAGGAAAAUUGAGUGGGGAGGAUUCCGAGAAUUGUGAGGCGACUGCAAAGCAUGGUGGUCCCACGCUUCAGUGAAAGGCUCUGCCUGAUAUUUAAGAGAACCCAAGUGAGUAGACCAAGUUGCUCCAAGUCACUGAAUUUAGCUGUCCCUGAUCCCUUGAAAGGAACUGUCAUCCAACACUAAUAUUAAAACUUAAACAUUGACCACUCUUAUUUUUAGACCCAAGUAAUGAAUAAACCAAAAGAGCUCCUCCUCUACACAGAGAUAAAGAAACAAGAACCUCAUGAACUGAGAUCCUAGUAUCUUUCUUUUUUCUUGGUUAUAAUCACCAUAUUCUCAGUUCAUUAUUUCUGCAUAACCCUUCUGAGAGCCACAACCAUGUAUCAUAAAACAUUUUUGCUGAGUGUACCUGACAGUAAAGGCUAGUCUGAGGGGAGAGGUUCAUCUGACCUAUUCUAGCUAGAAGUUGAUUUGGGUCAUUUUGUUUUAGCUAUUGCUUGACUAAUCCUGAGGAAAGAGAGAGUUAGGAAGUAGUGAGGAUUCCAUCUCACUAAAUAGUGGCUGUCUCUUAAAAUCUGGAAUAAGAUAUGAAGAUGUGAUUUCCCUUUCUCCCUUUGCUCUUUGAGGGUCUGCAGGGAAAUCCUAUUGAGAACACAGAGCAUUGGGUGUGUCAGCUGUCCAAAUUCAUCCCAGGGAAUCCAAGUGACAUUGCACCUAAUCCAUGCAGACUGGAGGUGCUGUCCUUUGAUUAAACUUGGGCUGCUUGCUGUCCUUCCUUAGAACUGAUCUAAUGGCCAAAGUGCAGGGUGAGUGAGCCUUAUUGCACUCUGGAUUUGGCUGAACCAUCUCUUCAAACCUGAGGCUCUAUAUGUAAAUGCUUCAAACACUCUUUUUGUCUUCAUCUUCUCAGCUUCACUAGCCAAGUCAUGGGUCACUGGGAAAACAAAUGCCCCAGAUCUAGACCUCAUUCGCCCAUCAAGGCUCCAGCGUUCAAAGAACCAUUGCAAUUACUAUUUUUCUUUUUGUUUUUGUUUUGGUCUAGUGCUCUCUCACUGACAACUAAACAGGAACCAUGCUUAAGACAGAAGUUAUCUUGAACACCCCCCAAAUGGGUCUCUUUUAGGAGGAUUCUUUUUUUUUUUUUUUUUUUUGGCUGGCUCCUGCUGCC